AUGGCCGGAGAAAUCAUAAGUUCGGUUUUCAUAAUUGAAGUCCCACUUACCCUUAACGCUACAUUCUCGAAUCUUAAUGAUUCUAGCAUUUUAGUAGCUAAUCCGUCGAGAUUUAUACCUUUGAUAUCUGAAGAUGGCGUUCCACGACUUUAUCCCCAAUCACUCGUAAAACAAUUUAAAUUUGACGUUCAUCCAGAAUUUAGUAAUUGCGACAUUUAUGCACAAUUCAAUUCAGGUGUAAAUUUUUGGUUUAAUGGAGAUGGACCAAUAAGUCCAGCCCAACACAACAUUCAUACAGUAAUAUUACAUGAAUUGUUUCACGGUCUUGGAUUUACAUCUGCAUGGAGAAAUCACAUUGACACUAUAUUACAAUAUCCAACUAAUGCAUUAUCACCAGUUCCGUAUUUAAUUUAUAAAAAAACAAAUAAUUUAUCUAGUAAUCCAAUUAUUUUUCAAGGAUUUAUAGAGACAAUAUUUGAUAAGUUUCUUGUAGUUCUUCCAGACGAUAAAACAUUAUCUCCAUUAAUUUCCACUUCAUUGUCAGCAUACACUUCAAAAUUAAAUGAAUUUGGUCCACCACCAACCGAAUUCUCUACACCUACUACAUUUGCAGAAUCUUUAAUAGUAUCACCGCAAUGGAAGAGUGUUGCACCAUUAAUGCUUAAUAAAAGUAUCAUCGCAAAUACUUUGGUGUUUUUACCGAGAGGAUUUCAAUUAGUCAACGGAACUUAUUUAGAAACAAGUCUUAAUCCUUAUAUUUCAGGAUCUAGUAUUUCACAUGUUAGCUAUGAUAGUUAUACUAAUAGUCAAGAUUUUUUAAUGAGAUGUAAGUUGGAACCCGGAUUUACCAUUAGCGAUUUAAUUUCUAAAGGUGGAAAUUACCAGAAUGGUGACAAUUCUGGAGCUAUCGGACCUAGAUUGAGAUCUAUCAUGGAAUCUAUGGGAUAUAAAACUCAAUCAAAUUCAAAUCCAAUAAUACCAAAAAUCCCAUCAUCAGACAAUAUGACAAUAUUACCAAAUCUUAAUGUAAAUAUCACCUUUCAAGGUCCACCACCGCCAAUUAAUUCAUAUUAUCAUAAAGUAUCUGGCACUAAUAGAUUUGUGGUGAAUAGUUUUACGAUUUGGAAUGCCACAGAACAUUCUAUGAAUGUUCAACUAAGCUCUUUUGAUUCACGAAUAACAUUCUGUAAUGUCGUUUUUGAAGCCACGAUUUUCAGAGUUUACUAUGUCCACAGAUUAAAUAGAAUUCAAAGAUUUUUAAAACCUUUUGUGUCAAAAACUGGUGAUUAUAAAAUGUCCGAACAACAAAACUUUGAAGCUGAUAAAUUAAUCGAGAAACCUAACCAUCUGGAAAGAACUAGUCAUAUUGAAAGGCAAAAGUCAAGAAUUCCGGCUGAAAUAAUUUCAAUCAUCUCCCAAACUCCUACAAUAAAAUCUUUCCUUUUCCGUCCUCCACCCUCAUAUAUUCCUGAAUUCUCAUUUCUUCCGGGUCAAUGGUUAGACGUUUUUAUUCCUAAUGUUCCAAUAGUUGGUGGUUUUUCGUUAACUUCUACACCACAUCAGUACACUCUUACAAAUACUUUUGAAUUAUCAAUCAAAUAUUCAACUAAUCCACCUGCAAAAUGGUUUCAUGAAAAUGCUAAAAUUGGUGAUAAUGUUGAAGUUAGGGUUGGAGGUGAUUUCGUUUGGGAUGAAAGGAAAGAACAAGAGGAUGGAACUGAGUGUGUUUUAUUUAUUGCUGGAGGUGUAGGUAUUAAUCCUUUAAUAAGUAUGUUCACUUCUAUUUUAGAAGCAGAAAAUAAUACCAAUGCUAAUGACAUGAAAAAUCAAAUGAAGAAAGUGGGUGUAAAAAAAAUUCGAUUAUUAUAUAGUGCUAGAUCCUUUAACGAAUUAUUAUUUUAUAAUCGCAUUGAAAAAUUACGUAAAGAAUGGCCACAAGUUUUAGAAUGUAAAUAUUUUUUAACAGGUGAAAAUGCACCACCAUCUCAAUCACUUUCCAUAAGUGAUGAAAGCGAAUUUUAUUAUGGGCAAAGAAUAAGCCAAAAAAUUCUUGGCGACAUUAUUAUGAAAGAAUGCGAAAAUUUAGAAAAAUUGAAAUGUUUUAUUUGUGGUCCACCAAUUAUGCGAGACAAUUUGAUUUGUUGGUUGAAAAAUGUAGGCUUGGUUGAAAAGAGGAUUCUUAUAGAGAAAUGGUGA